UUGUUAUUCGACUAUUCGACCACUCAACUCAAUAUUCUACGUGGUACGAUAAGCACGUUUUCUGUUGAAUACAGUAUUCAGUUUAAUAUCCCUAUAAUAACUUGCUUGUGAUAUUUCUUAUAAGUACAGUCCUGUUUGAAAAACAAUGACGACUACAUGUCAAAUUUGUAAUUUGCAACCCUUUAAGUACAAGUGUCCAACUUGUUAUACUAAAUAUUGCAGCCUCUUGUGUUUCAAAGCGCACAAGGAAUCACCAAUAUGUGAAAAACCAAGUUCUACUCCAUCUGAAAAUCUGGUAGGUGAAUGCCUGCCUUUGACUUACAAGUUUCCCACCACUGAUACAGUGCCAAUUGAAAAACUACAAGCAUUAGUUCAAAGUGAUGAGCUGAAAGAGUGUCUAUCUAAUCCUCAUGUCAGAGAUAUUUUGAAAUCUCUGGUUCAGAGCCAAACACCGGAGGCAUCUAUCACUGAAGCAAUGAAGGAGCCAAUAUUCCUUGAAUUAGCUCAUGCAUGCCUUAAAAUUGUAGAGCCAGAAAAGUUUCAGCAAGAAUUGGAACAACAUCUGGAUGUGGACUUGGAUUGACGCGGGGUUUACACGAGGGGGGGGAUGUUGUUCGGUUCAGUUCUACCGGCUCGGCCCAGUUGGAUCGCAAGUGCCGAUGGGAGCAGCAGCGUUGCCGUCGCCCGACGCUGUGUGGCUUGACAUCGCGACGUCCUUCAACAACAAACAAUAACAAUCAGACGAAACACACACACACACACAUUGGGCCGUUGAACUGUUUUUACUGCUGGAAAUCCGGCUCUUCUUUUCCUCGUGUGUGAUCGUAUGUGUCUCUUUCUCUCUCUAUGUGAAUGUUUAUGUGUAUUCAAGUGCUUCGAAUUCUAAGUCUGUCUCUCAACCUAAA